UGUGAGGAUCAGGGUCCACUGAAUGCGUCCGAUGAAGUGAGCUGUAGCUCACGAAAGCUUACGCUCAAAUAAAUUGGUUAGUCUCUAAGGUGCCACAAGUACUCCUUUUCUUUCAGGAUCCUCCUGUGUCUGAAGUUUAGUUUAGUUCUUUGUUUUGGAAUCGCUCUCUCUUCUCUCCCUCACUUUCUGUUAUAAUCAAACUAUAGAGAAGACAGUCCGGCUUUGAAACUCGACACCUGUACUGAGGCGUUGGUCACCAUCUUCUUCCUCCUCCUCCUCCACUCUUCUUUAAAUGCUGAGUGCGGCGAAUAAUCAGUCCGUGUCUGUCAGGAGGAGCCUCUCAGCCUUCAGAAGUGCAUAGGGGGCUGUAGACAUUCACCCCGCCCACAGCACUUGUUUCGAUGAGCUUUUCUAAUGCAGGAUCUUACCGAAUUGCGCGGUGUGCUGCUUUUUUCUCCUCUUGAAGAUUUAAGAACAAGGGCUGGGAAGUGAGAGCAGCGUUAACUGGGACAUCAUUAUUUGAGGCACACCUAGGUUUUUUUAAUGACUUGAACAUUGUUGCUCUAAUUUAAAGAGAUUUCCUGGGCUUGGCCUUUGGCAGUGUUAGACCUUGAUGCAACAGAUUUGUAAAAACUGUCUUUUAAAAUACAAGCUUCUUAUAUGCUGUAGGACCAAGAUCUGAUGGAUUUUUAUGAAACCCACGCUACUGGAAAAAUGGACUUCCCCAGCAAAAGGCCCGUGUUGGUUCUUCAGAAUGACUCUCUCUACUCCCAGAGGCGUCCAUACACCAGUGAAGAUGAAGCCUGGAAGUCCUUCCUUGAAAAUCCCCUUACAGCAGCCACCAAAGCCAUGAUGAGCAUCAAUGGCGACGAAGACAGUGCAGCUGCCCUGGGAUUACUAUAUGACUAUUACAAAGUUCCCAGAGAAAGAAGGACUUCAACAGCAAAACCAGAUGUAGAUCACCCUGACCAAGAUCAUAGCAAAAGGAACAGCAUCCCAACAGAACAAUCGCUCAUUUCUACUGGAGAAAACAGAGUGCAGGUUCUGAAAAAUGUGCCUUUCAAUAUUGUUCUUCCUCACGCUACUCAAAUGGCCAUGGACAAGAGAGGCCACCUGACGACCCCCGACACCACUGUCACUGUUUCCAUUGCAACAAUGCCCACGCAUUCAAUUAAAACAGAAACGCAGCCGCAUGGCUUCACUGUGGGCAUCCCUCCCACUGGCUACCACCCCGAGCCCCCAGAACGGGUGGUGGUUUUCGACAGGAAUCUCAACCCUGAUCAGUUUAGUUCCAGUGCUCAGCCUCAGAACUCGCAGAGGCGCACGCCGGACUCCACCUUCUCGGAGACGUUCAAAGAAGGAGUGCAAGAGGUUUUCUUUCCUGCUGAACUAAAUCUGCGGAUGGCCAGCAUGAGUUCAGAGGAUUACGUUUUUGACAGCAUUGCUGGGAAUAACUUUGAAUACACCUUAGAAGCUUCCAAGUCACUUCGUCAGAAGCCAGGGGACAGCACAAUGACAUACCUAAACAAGGGUCAGUUUUAUCCGAUCACUCUUAAAGAAGUCAGCAGCAGUGAAGGAGUCCACCACCCAAUCAGCAAAGUCAGAAGCGUCAUCUUGGUCGUGUUUGCCGAAGACAAAACAAGAGAAGAUCAAAUCAGGCACUGGAAGUACUGGCACUCGAGGCAACACACAGCCAAACAAAGAUGCAUUGACAUUGCCGACUAUAAGGAGAGCUUCAACACAAUCAGUAACAUUGAAGAGCUUGCAUACAAUGCCAUAUCCUUCAAUUGGGACAUUAAUGAUGAAGCAAAGGUUUUUAUUUCUGUAAACUGCCUCAGCACAGAUUUCUCCUCUCAGAAAGGAGUUAAAGGGCUGCCCUUGAACAUUCAGAUUGACACCUACAGCUACAAUAACAGGAGUAACAAACCCAUCCACAGGGCCUACUGCCAGAUUAAAGUCUUCUGUGACAAGGGAGCAGAAAGGAAGAUCAGGGAUGAAGAACGAAAACAAAGCAAAAGAAAAGGCAAGUGCACUGACCCCAGCUCCCAAAUGAAUGCCUUUCCCGAUGUCAAAGUGCCAAUGCUUCCUUCCCACAAGCGGACAGACGUCACUGUCUUCAAGCCAUCCCAAGAUCUUGACACUCAGCCGGUUCUUUUUAUCCCUGACCUUCACCAUUCCAGUCUUCAGCGUGGGACUCAUGUCCUUCCGGUUGCACCAGAAGAACUGGAGGGUGAAGGAUAUCUGACAAGUAUGAUGUUCCUUUUGAUAAAAUUGGAAAAAUCUUCAAGAAAUGUAAAAAAGGAAUCCUGAUCAACAUGGACGACAAUAUUGUGAAGCACUAUUCGAAUGAAGACACCUUCCAGCUACAGAUUGAAGAGGCUGGAGGAUCUUACAAGCUCACUCUCACUGAGAUCUAAGACCAAAGCCAUCGAACCUCUGUGGAUUUUAAAUGAAGGUCUCAGAUGAACAUUUUUCUGUAAUUUAGUCUGCCGGGUAACACACUAAUCGCUUUCUCUAGAAGAAACCCAAUGAGUUCAGUUCUUCCAGGGAUCGGAGCACUGUGUGUUUAGCAAAGUUGAUACAGUCAUGUUUCUGUCCUUCCCAAAGGACAAAACAAUGCUCAUAACUCAGUGCACUUGAAAUGAGUGAACAAAGAUAUCAGGAAUUAAAUAAUAUUUAUGUACAAAACAUUAGCAAAUGGGGAUGGGAAGAGAAGCCUUGAAAUAGUGGUGAUAUUCUAACUUCUAUUUAUCUAUUAAAUAUUCAUGUGAGCCUAUCAGCUGAUAGUGUCUUAUUGGACUGCUCUCUUGUAGAUGCAGCUGCACAACUCUCAUUGAUGCUUAUGGGAGACUAGACUCAAUAAUGUUUACUGCUGAACAGGGCAUGUUGCUGAAAUCACUUGUUUAAUUUUUGGGGGAAUGUAAAACUGCCUUGCUCAUGAAGAACUUACCUAAGUUACUGUGUGAACUCAUUUGACAUGAAGCUGUAUUGUAUAUAGGUGCAAUAUAUUUUUGAAGGUUUGUAAAUGUGUACAUAGGAGUCAUAUAUAAUAUAUAUAAAAAAUAUGGUGUUCAUGUAUAUACAGUGAAUAUAUGCAAUGAACCCUCCCUAAAGGGAUACUAUAUACAGGCAACCAGCUAUUUAAAAGCCUAGUUUGCGCCAAACCUGAGCACACAUUCUAUAUUUAUAGAACGCACAGAGAUGACUUGUUUAAAGAGGAUUUUCCCAAGCAGAAGGAAUGAUGCUUACCGUACAGCAGACCACUCUACACCGUGAGGUGUGGUGGGUUAGGCUUGUGUUGUACACUACCAAAUAAAGUUCUACAAUGGCUGUGUUACUCAUAUUCUGUACCUGUAGUGAGAUUGUGUAUUCUCAGUCUUGAACCUGAGAGGAGCUGUGUGCUUGUGCUUCCAGGGGAUAAGCCAACCUCUUGGGUUUAUGAAGAAGUUUUCCCUACGGCCAGCUAUUCCGUAACUGCCUGCUCCAGGAUUUCUCACACCAUCUUCUGAAUCCAGUGCUGGCUACUGUCAGAGACAAGAUAUUGGACUAGAUGAGCCAGUACGCUGAUCCAGUCUGGCAGACCCUGUGAUCCCGAGAACUUGAUCCUGCAGGUGAAUAGAUAAGGAUUGAGAGAUUAAGGCCCAAGCCACCAGAAGGGCCAUGUAGCACAAUGCUCACAAUCCAAGUAGCUGUCCGGGGAGUGGGCCCUGCAGGCUGGCAAGCACACCAUGCUCCGUGUUCAUUGUGAAGCAUCAAGCCUGCAGCUGUGGGAAGAGAAACUGAGCAGUGGCUGCCUGUGACCAAAACACUGUUAAAUAUUAAAAUAUUUAAUAUUAAAAAUAUUUAAAAUUGCUGCUAUGCAUUGUAUCAUAGCCUUUACUCUGACUAUUCCCCCGUCUUCCAGCACCAGGCCUGCUACCCCUCCAUUAUUCCUCAGUGAUCAAUUUGGUGCAGGGACAGAGAUUUGCUGACCUACUGAGCGCUCCAUAUUCUCCAUGCUGUGUGAAAAUCUCUCUGUACAGGUUUUCAGCAAACGUUGAGUGCUCAGUGCUUUUGCAGACUGCAGACAGUUUGUAGGACUCAAACCUAAAAAAGAAACAUGUCUGUAAUGCCAUGGGCAUAUUGAUGAGACUGCACCAGCAUGUAAUCUCUCCUAAGCACGUCCUGGUUUUAAGAAAAAAACAGAACUCUGUUGUACUCAAGUUUCUCUGAACUUACUGCAAUUUGGGCUUCCAUUUAUAAAUUCGGGGGGAAAUGUUACUGUGGCGAGGGAAUUCUUAUACGCUCAUGUAGAAAUACAAAUUCAUUUUUAUUGGAAGUGGAAGUUUUAUUACAGAAUCAGUCUAGGGCUAGGGAAGUAGACUUAGAUCAUUUGUAGAGGUAGACUUGAUAUGAUUAUUUCUUGUACUGUUAUCUUAACGAAGUAUGUGACUUAAAUUAGGGGUUGUUUUCCACUAUAAAAUACUCUGGGAAACGGGUCUUAUUAUAAUAGCAAUGUUGUAUGUUUGAUCAAACUGGAGUUUUUGGUCUUGCCUACUGUUUUGUUUUUUUUUUUUAAUUGUAUAAUUGAAGAUGUAUUUUAAAGCAAAGCUAUUAAAUUUUAUAUGUCCAUUUCUAA